CAUGCGCCGAGAGCAGCCGAUCCGCGCGUUGCAUUGGCUGCGGCCAGGGGAAUUGCGCAUGCGCAAUCCUCCCGCGUGGUCCUGUGUGGUGGGUUUUGCUCUCCAGCCUCCGCUGUAUCCGUGGCAGCCCAUCUUCCCAUCCGGGGCCCCCGUGCGUUCUGGAGCUCGGAAUGUUCCCAGAACUCAAUAACCUUCUCAACACCACCCCUGAAGGGGCGGAGCAGGGGAAGCUGACUCUACUCUGUGAUGCCAAGACAGAUGGCAGUUUCCUUGUGCACCACUUUCUCUCCUUCUACCUCAAAGCCAAUUGUAGAGUCUGCUUUGUGGCCCUCGUCCAGUCCUUUAGUCACUAUAAUAUCGUGGGGCAGAAGCUGGGUGUCAGCCUGACCGCAGCGCGGGAACGCGGGCAGCUGGUGGUCCUCGAGGGUCUCAAGUCCGCGGUGGACGUCUUCUUCCGGCCCCGGGAGGAGCGGCACCCCCUGCAGUUCCUCAGUGCUGGGGACCUGCAGCCGCUGUAUGCAUUUGUGCGGGACGCCCUGGAGCCUGUGGACUGUGGGGAGGCCGCCUGGAGGUACCCGGUGCUGCUGGUGGACGACCUUAGCGUGCUGCUGAGCCUGGGCGUGGGGCCGGUGGCGGUGCUGGACUUCAUCCAUUACUGCAGGGCCACCGUGUGCCGGGAAUGGAAGGGAAACGUCGUGGCCCUCGUACACGACAGUGGAGAUGCCGAGGACGAGGAGAACGACGUCCUGCUGAAUGGCCUUAGUCACCAGAGCCACCUGAUCCUGCGGGCUGAGGGCCUGGCCACCGGCUUCUGCAAAGACGUGCAUGGGCAGCUGAGGAUCCUGUGGAGAAGACCACUGCAGCCCACCACCCCCCGGGAUCGAAGCCUCACGUACCAGUACAAGAUACAGGACAAGAGUGUAUCCUUUUUCGCCAAAGGAAUGUCUCCUGCUGUUCUGUGACCUGAUUUAGGGGUGGCUGAAGCUACCUGGGACUAUUUUUUGGUGGUGAAAGAUCAAGCAACUGAGCAGAAAUGGGGUCCUUUGGAGCCUUCCUCAUACAAAACGCUUUAGCUCCAACUCCCCAUUUUUGGUUGUGGUGACUCUCAAAGCCGGAGUGGGUGUGAACGUGCCAGCCAAGAGGCAGUCCUGGAUGGCAGGUGUCCCAGUGACAUCUAGGAUAAGCGUGGCCGAUACACAGUGAGCUCCCACCUCGUGGCUUCCCGUGGAUGGUCACGUUUACUUUGACCUUCAUCUUGCAAGGGGAUUUUCUUCUUCUUCAGUCCAUUGAGGAAGCAGGCUUCGAGGGGUUUGGAAGCACGCUCAACAUCAUAGAGCAGGCUACAGAUUAGGAGAUUAGGCUACAGAUGGCCAACUGACCCGCGUGGAAACCAGAGGCAGGCUCCACCCUGUUCAAAGGUUAGCUCCUCCUAUUUCUGUGGUUGCUGGGUACCUGGCCCAGCAUGCCGUUGAGGCCAAGCCAUCAAGGCCCUGGGCUUGGCCACACAGGGCCCCCAUGGGGCACAGGUUUGCAUGGCCUUGGUGAGGCCGGGAACGAAUGUUCUUGCUUCCAGGCAGGCUAGGACCUUGAGGAGGAGCCAGUGCCUCGCUCUCGUGUGAAGACUGAAGGCGGGGAGCUCUCGCCCAGCAUCCUGUGAUCCACUUGCCACACUCAGCCCCUCAGUCAAGGUCACCUCAGCCUGUUCUCUUAAAAUGGGUACAUUCUAUUGUAUGUAUGUUAUGCUAUGAAGAAUUCGACCUUAAGAAAUAAGUAAAAUGAAAAAGAUAACACUGCUUUGCAGGGACUAAGGACAUUUUCAUAACCAGUGUUUACUUUUAACUCAGUGUGGACAUGAGUCUGAGUGAACUCCGGGAGUUGAUGAUGGACAGGGAGGCCUGGCGUGCUGCAAUUCAUGGGGUCGCAAAGAGUCGGACACGACUGAGUGACUGAACUGAACAUUUUUUAGCUUUGUAAAAGGGAACAAUUUAUUGCCCUGCUCCUCAAGUCAUGCUGACUAUUGUGUAGGUUUUUCCAUUGACACAGUAGCUGCCUUUCUUCUGAAGAUACGGCAUUUGAUAGAAUAUUUUAAAAUUAUGAGUGUAAGUCACUUAAAGUAGCUAUUAAAGAAUGCCAUUCUUUUAUUAGUACGUAAGUAUUUAUACACGCUUCAUAUGAGCUGCAGUUCUGAAUGGGUAAGGCACCACAGGACGCUUUUUACAUGAUAUGCUAUUUUUUCACUUGGUUUAUAAAUAUUUUCAGUAAACUUUUAAUGUUUAAUAGCUACUUA